AUGUCCCUGAAUCAAACGCAAAUCAAGCAGGAGAUCACCCUCCCCCCGGGGCUGAGCAAGAGCAUCUCCAAGCAGAGCCAAGAGCUCACCGACCCCGUGCCGUGCCCGCAGCAGCACCCCGAGCUCCCGGACCCAGCCCCGGCGGUGGGAACGUGCCCAGAAAAGGUGGUGGUGCCCUUGCCAAGCCAGGAAGCAGGCAAAGGAGAAGCCCCCGGGGCCGUGGUGCCCCAGUGCCCACCCCAGGAGCAGCAGCAGCAGUGCAAGUCACCCUCAUCUCUCCUACCUGAGGCUCCUCCGUGCCCCCAAGAGAAACCAGCCUGCAAAGAGCUGCCCGUGCCCUGCCCUGAGCCAGCUCCGUGUGGGCUGGAGAAGCAGCAGCAGCGCCAGGAGAGCCCCGUGCCAGUCCCUGGCACCUGCUCCGACCCCGCGGCGUGUCCCCAGGAGAAGCAGGAGGUCAAGGAGAUCCCCGUGCCCACCCAGUGCCCUCAGGAGAUCAAGGAGAUCCCCGUGCCCGCCCAGUGCCCUCAGGAGAAGCAGGAGGUCAAGGAGAUCCCCGUGCCCGCCCAGUGCCCUCAGGAGAUCAAGGAGAUCCCCGUGCCCGCCCAGUGCCCUCAGGAGAUCAAGGAGAUCCCCGUGCCCGCCCAGUGCCCUCAGGAGAAGCAGGAGGUCAAGGAGAUCCCCGUGCCCGCCCAGUGCCCUCAGGAGAAGCAGGAGAUCAAGGAGACCCCCGUGCCCAUCCCUGUUGCGCGCCCCGACCCCGACCCGUGCGCCCAAGAAAUGCAGCAGUGCCAGGACACGCCCGUGCCCCUCCCUGUCCCUCUGCCUGACCCCACCCCGUGUCCCCAGGAGAUCAAAGAGACCCCCGUGCCCACCCCUGACCCCACCCCGUGCCCCCAGGAGAAGCAGGAGAUCAAAGAGACCCCCGUGCCCACCCCUGACCCCACCCCGUGCCCCCAGCAGAAGCAGGAGAUCAAGGAGCUCCCCGUGCCCACCCCGCGCCCUCAGGAGAAGCAGGAGUGCCAGGACACCCCGGUGCCGGUGCCAGCCCCCUGCCCCGAGCCGGAGCAGUGCUCCCUUCCCGAGAAAUUCCCUCCCGUGGAGCAGCAGCAGCUGAAACAGCCCAACCUGUGGCCCCCCGUGCAGAAAUAA